AUGGGCCAAAGAAUGACCCCUUUUCAUUCACUUACAAUCCGAUGUGGAGGAAUCAUCCAAACUUUUAAUGGGGAGGACAACAACAAUCUCGCUAGCUUCAGCCAUGCACAAAGUGCUUCUGUUUCAAAGUUGGAAAUUCAGCUGGGUCAGUUAGAUAAUCAGGUUAAUGAUCGUGAAAAAGGGAAAUUCCCUAAUCAACCUGAACAAAACCCAAGAAAUCAAGAGCACCUCAAGGCCAUCAAGACGCUCAGAACGGGAAAAACUUUUGACAAUAGGCCGAACAUUGAAUUUGAGGAAGAGGAAGCUCAUAUUGAAAGAGGCAUGCAACAUGUGCCAUCCAAUGCCACAGCCGUGACAUCACUUGUGCCAAAUGCUAUGUUGGAAGCGCGAGCCCUUACGCAAGAGCCCAACUCUCAUGAAAGCAAUGCCUGGGAUUUUGGUACCUUGUUUGCACCCUCUAAAAAACCACCAUAUACUCCGCCAUUGCCUUUUGCUAAGAAAAGUUAG